CGUGGGCCUGGCAUUCAGGUUUGGUUGCAAAGAAAGCUUUCCACCGCGGUUUGAACUCGCUCACAGCUGAGCUGAGGAGACAUCAGGACGGAGACCAUAUCCUACCACACCUCUUCUUCUUUGAGCAGCCUUUUCAACUGCUGGAUACCAGCGGGAACUAUUUGGAACCGGCCAAUUUGAAUUUAUACUUUAUCUUUAAACGGAAUGGAUUUUGAAAAGACCUAACCUGGAUGUUUUGCUGCAUAAGUGUUGUUAACAUCGUGCUGGUGGAGUUUCCCAACUUUUGAAGAAGUCACAUUCAGUCUUUCAGGAGGGGAACUAACUUGAAGCUGAAAUGGAUCAAGCCAGCGGUGGGGAGGACCCAAAUAAACCCUCUAAAAAGAAGUCCAAUGAGGAUGAGGGUAAAAACAAAAAGCUGAACAUACACAUAAAAACAUUGGCUGAUGAUAUGCGUGAUCGUAUUACCAGUUUCAGGAAAACGGGAAUGAAGAAGGAGAAGCCCCUUAUACAGCACCCUACAGAUCCCCUCUCUACUCAGGCUGAACUGCCCAUUCCUCAGCCCCUUUUUGACGACCGCUCAAUGAACCUCUCGGAAAAGGAGAUCAUUGACCUCUUUGAGAAGAUGAUGGAGGACAUGAACCUGAAUGAGGAACGCAAAGCUCCUCUACGCGGAAAGGACUUGAGUACCAAGCGCGAGAUGGUGGUCCAGUACAUCUCAGCCACUGCCAAAUCUAUAACUGGGAGCAAAGUUGCGGGUGGACUAAGGAACAGCAAGCAUGAGUGUACACUUUCAUCCCAAGAAUAUGUCCAUGAGCUGCGUUCUGGCAUCACGGAAGAAAAGUUGCUCAAUUGCCUGGAGUCCCUCAGAGUGUCUCUCACCAGUAACCCUGUCAGUUGGGUUAAUAACUUUGGUCAUGAGGGUCUUGGACUUCUUCUGGAUGCUUUGGAGAGGCUGCUGGACAAGAAACAGCAAGAGAAUAUUGAUAAACGGAACCAGCAUAAACUUAUCCAAUGCUUGAAGGCUUUCAUGAACAAUAAGUAUGGACUGCAAAGGAUCUUGGGAGAUGAGCGGAGCCUGUUGCUGCUGGCACGAGCGAUUGACCCCAAACAAACCAACAUGAUGACCGAGAUUGUCAAAAUUCUCUCUGCCUUCUGUAUUAUUGGAGAGGAAAACAUCCUGGAUAAGAUUCUCGCUGCCAUGACAAUUGCUGCAGAGAGGAACAAUAAAGAGAGAUUUGCUUCAAUUGUGGAAGGACUGGAGAACCACGAAGCCCAGCAACUCCAGGUUGCUUGCAUGCAGCUGAUCAAUGCUUUGGUCACGUCCCCUGAUGACCUCGACUUCCGGAUACAUCUGCGCAAUGAGUUCUUGAGAUGUGGCCUCAAGAAGAUCCUGCCGGAGCUAAAAGAGACAGAGGAGCUGGACAUCCAGCUGAAGGUGUUCAAUGAGAACAAGGAGGAGGACUCUAUUGAACUCUCCCACCGCCUGGACGACAUCCGUGCUGAGAUGGAUGAUAUGAAUGAAGUGUACCAUCUCCUGUCCAAUAUGGUGAAAGACACGGGCUCAGAGACAUACUUCCUGUCAAUCCUUCAACACCUAUUGCUCAUCAGGAAUGACUAUUAUAUCAGGCCUCAAUAUUACAAGGUAAUCGAAGAGUGCGUGUCUCAGGUGGUCCUGCAUCGCAAUGGGAUGGACCCUGACUUUGGCUACAGUAAAAGAUUGGACGUGGACUUCACCCAUCUGAUUGAUCAGUGUGUGGAUAAAGCCAAAGUUGACGAGAGUGAGCAGAAGGCUGCGGAGUACUCCAAAAAGUUUGAUGAGGAGUUCAGUGCACGGCAGGAGGCCCAGGCCGAGUCUCAAAAGAAGGAAGAGAGAAUCAAAGAGUUGGAGGGGAAGAUCCAGGCCCUGGAGUCCCAGAUUGCAGCGGGUCCAACUGCACCCGGAGCACCACCUCCACCACCCCUACCAGGGGGUGCAGCAGCUCCACCUCCUCCUCCGCCGCCUCCUCCCCCACCUCCACCUGGUGGCGGUCCUCCUCCACCUCCACCUCCUCCUCCUCUUCCUGGCCAAGCUUGCAUUCCACCACCGCCUCCACCUCCUCCAGGUGGAGGGCCUCCACCUCCCCCACCACCCCCUGGUUGUGGGCCCCCACCUCCUCCACCUUUUUUUGGGGGCCCAGGUGGGCCUCCACCACCUCCUGCAUUACCUGUCAUUAAGCUGCCUUAUGGGCUGGAGCCCAAGAAGACCUAUAAGCCUGAAACUGUAAUGAAGAGGGUCAACUGGACCAAGAUAGUGCCUCAGGAAAUGGCAGAGAAUUGCUUCUGGAUCAAAGUCAAAGAAGAGAAGUUUGAGAAUCCUGACCUAUUUGCUCAGCUCUCCCUCUGCUUCUCCUCACAGAGCAAAGUGAAAAAAGACGUGAAAGAUGAGACUGACGACAGAAUGCAACAAUUCAAGAAAAAGGCAAAGGAGCUUCGAAUCUUGGAUGCUAAGACAGCACAGAAUCUUUCAAUUUUCUUGGGCUCGUUCCGCUUGCCUUAUGAAGAGAUCCGGGACAUUGUGCUGGAGGUAGACGAGGAAAGACUGAGCGAAUCACUCAUCCAGAACCUGAUAAAGAACCUGCCAGAGCAGAAAGAGCUGAAUGCGCUUGCGGAACUAAAGGGUGAAUAUGAAGAGCUAGUGGAGUCGGAGCAGUUUGGUAUUGUGAUGAGUUCAGUAAAGCUCCUACGGCCGCGUCUCAACGGCAUUCUGUUCAAGCUAACGUUCGAGGAGCAGGUGAAUAACAUCCGGCCAGAUAUCAUGAAUGUGACAUUCGCCUGUGAGGAGGUGAAGAAGAGUGACAGCUUUAGCAGACUCCUGGAGUUGGUGUUGCUGGUUGGCAACUACAUGAAUGCUGGUUCAAGAAAUGCCCAGACAUUUGGUUUCAACGUCAGCUUCCUCUGCAAGCUGCGAGACACUAAAUCCAUCAGUCAGAAUACAACACUUCUUCAUUUCCUGGCUGAGAAGUGUGAAGAGAGCCACCCAGAGAUGUUGAGGUUUCCAGAUGAACUGGAGCAUGUGGACAAUGCCAGCAAAGUGUCGGCUGAGAUCUUAAAGAGCAGUUUGACUACCAUGGAGCGUCACAUUCAGAGGCUUGAGAGCGACAUCGAGAACUUCCCCAAAACAGAUGACCGGCAAGAUAAGUUUGUGGAAAAGAUGUCAGGCUUCUGCAAGCAUGCCCGGGAGCAGUAUGAAAAACUAUCCACCAUGCAUAAGAACAUGCAGAAGCUGUACGAGAGCAUCGGCAGCUACUUUGCCUUUGACCCUCACUCGGUUAGUGUGGAGGAUUUCUUUGGAGAACUGGCCAACUUCCGCAUCCUCUUCAUGGAAGCAGUGAAGGAGAACCACAAGAAGAGGGAGAUGGAGGAGAAGAUCAAGAGAGCCAAGCUGGCGAAGGAGAAAGCAGAGCGCGAGAAGCAGGAGCGCCAGCAGAAGAAGAAGCAGCUGAUUGACAUGAACAAAGAGGGAGAUGAAACUGGUGUGAUGGAUAGCCUAAUGGAAGCUCUACAGUCCGGAGCAGCCUUCCGUGAUCGGCGAAAACGGACGCCACGCAACGGUGAUCAAAGCCCUUCCAGUCCAGCCUCCCGGUGGCCGGGUGCUAACUAUGGUAACAGAACCCUAGACAACCGCCGUGCAGUCCUGGAAAGGUCUCGUUCACGCCACAACGCAAAUCACCAAGCUCGAUGAUCGCCCGCGCCUACCACAAGACGCUAGAUAAGUGCCAAAGAGGCCUGCGAGGUGGAGACCAAGAAGACAUCUGAGGAAGGGACAGACUCACUGUGGCGAACACACACAUAAAAGUAUUCAUACAUACACACACCACCAAGUACGGAACAAAAAAAGUCUAGAGAAGACACACAGAACUUUAAGAUCUAUAGUACAUCACAUGCAGACAUUUUAAUUUUCAUGCUGUUUGUCAGACGCCUUACAUAUUUAUUAAAUACUCCACACUUUAAACAUUUGUAUCCUCCAUAGAUUGUUUGAUUCAUGAAAUGGAAAAUUUCACAUGCUGCUGCUGCUGUUUGAAAUGAAAGGUUUUCAUUGCUUGAAAAUCCAUUUUGACUCUUACAAGUCCAAGCCUUCUAUUUUAAUAAUUUUUUAACCAAAAUACUACAGUUCACAUACAGUUUUGACAUGGAACAUGCAGUGUGUUGGCAUGCCAUCAAGGACUGCACCAUGACGUAUGCUUAUCAUCCAGAAGAACGUACCGCACGAAGUUCAGUCAACACAGGGGCAGUGAGCCAGCUGUCCUUUAAAUGGAAGACAUGGAUUCACCACCCAUGUUGGCAACUUGCUGACAGUGUCUUGAACAAGUCAUUGAACUCUUGACAGAAGAAGGAGUGGUGGUGUAAAAUGUCCACCCCCCCCAUCAAUCCCUCCUUCAACCAACAUCAAAACAAUUUUUACUUAUAAAUGUACAAAAAAAGUCCACAUUAAUCAUUCCAUUUCAUAUCCCACAAAGCCACAAGAGCUGGCCCCUGUCUACGCUGAGAUUUCAGAGCAUGUGACUCAUGGAUCUUGAAACUGUAAUUUCCAUUUUGACGAGAUGCAUUUUAUUUUUAGUUGUGUAAUAUCUAACCAAUGCCUUUGGGUGCUGAUCUCUGUCCCAAGGUCGCUUUUGCUGUUAACAUGAGAGACUGACACAUUUCUAAAUGCAUUUAACUGCCUAGAGAAGCUAACAUGAACUCUAUGACCUUCCCUGCGGUCACACAGGUUUCCAGUGGGUGAAGCUUGAUUAUACAAAAGGUAUUACAGCGUUUUUAAUAUUAAUCUAUUUCAAUCUGUGUAUUUUACUCAGUUCAACCCACUUAGAGUUUUCACAGCAGAUUUUAGAUAUAUUUUUUUUCCCAUUGGGUUUUCAAAAAAAUAGCAAAAAAGGCUUUGUAGGAAAACUAAACUGACCGUAUUUAAACAAUUUGUUCAAGAUAAUCUCCACAAAGAAACACGUUUAACUGUUUCAACAUGUGUAAUAAAUAUAAGCCCAGCUGUACUGCUUCGGAAUUAACAAUUUGAUAUAUUUAUGGUAUCAUGUAUAUUGUAGAACAAAUGUUUUUAAGCUUACAUGAAACAGGCAUUAUUUUAUUCAUAAAUUCAAAACCCUUUGGGGAAAAAAAACACCUAAAAUCUAUUAAGGGAAUCCAUGGCUCAGGCACUAAAGAGUUUUAGGAGUACAAACCUUAACACAACUCAAUUAAAGACCCUGUUUCCUGGUGGGAUACUUCAGUUGUUUUCAGUAGCAUAUUCCACCUGAUGAAAAUUUUCAGCAUCAAAACAAACAAGUGAUGCUUGGUGUCUGUGUAAAAAAUAGUUGAAACUUUGCUGUAAGCUUUGUUCCCCCUAUAAGGACCCACAGUCACACAGUUUCUUCACGUCAACUAUUUAUUCAUAUAUUCAUGCCUAGGGCAGCAAUGUCCCCUCAUGGCCCUAAACUGUAAGCAGAUACUACUAAAAACAACCACUGAAUCCACACGGAGAAUGGGUACGACCAGAAUAAUCGACUGAGGGGAACAGGAGACAAGAUGAUGCGUGUCUUAGCAAGUGAGUCUCCAGACGCCCUCCAAUUCCCUCACACUAAUGGCACAAGUGACCCUCUACCAUAACGCAAGUUACUUAAGUAAUACAAUAACUCUGCUUAAGGCUUUGAGUCUGUGUGUUUGUGUCUGGGCAAGUUUGUAAAUGUAUAUGUAUGUGUGUGUGUAUGCACCAUGCCAGCGCAAUAAUCGGAACAGGAACCCAGGCAAAAUAGGAUUCAGUGUUCUUGACUCCUGGGGUGAAAAGAUGGAGAUUUUUCAUUUAAACAAUCUGACAGUGCUGCUUGUGAUGUGUCUGUUUCAUGAUGCCUCCUCUCCCAGCCUGCUUGCUUCUAAAAAUGCAAUUUUACACAUCAUCUCGGCUCAAGGUGCAUCCACAACGCUCAGAGAAGUCUGCAUAUUUAAGAAGACAAUAAUUCUUCUCUGAGUAUAAGGUUCAAGCUGUUGCACAGAGAAAGCAUAGAGAAUGAGGUUUCUGCAUAAGGGAUUCUGCACAGACGGGUGUUUUAAAGAGGUGUUGUACACAGCAGAGAGAUAGAUAUGUGCCGUCAAAGGCAGUUUUGUAAUUGCCCUUUGUCCUCCGCGCCACUACACCUGCACAGCUUAAAGUAUUGAAAAAGACCCUUUUUAAUAUCAGUUCUCUAUCAACAUAAAUGUCUGCUGUGACAUUUGGUGGUUCUUCACCUUAUGAUUGGAUAUUGUACAUUGCAAAACAACCAGUGGCUUGUUUUUAACAAUUACAGUGUCUAUUUCUUUAUAAAUAAUUUGGCUGAAAACAUUUUCUUCAUUGUUUAACCAACUUAGAUUUUUAUUUCCACGUGUGCCAACCUUUAUUUUUGGGGUUUUUUGGGAAAACAACAUAUAAUGAUGGGAAAUCCUUACUUUGUCUUGGAUAUCAAAGGGAGUACAGGUCUCUCUUUGUGAAACUACAAGAAAGAUUACAGAUAUAAAAACUUGAUUUUUUAUUAUUAUAUAAUUUUAGCCAUCAUUUUAAUAAACAUUGAUCCAAUUAUGAACUGAGUAUGAAAUUUUGAUGUGAUUACAAAAUGAUAGUCAUGUGGUAUUUCUUAUCUAAAACACUGAAACAUCUUUUGUAAGAUGUAAUUUAUUUGGAGUUUUAAAAAAAAAUACAAAAAAACUUUUGUAAUGAUUGCAUUGUUGAACGUAAUGAGCUAAGAGCUACGGUGUUAGCCAUUGUAGAAGUUCCAGAUCAUGCAUCUUUUCCAAAACAGUGAUCACUAUGAACCAUUAUUGUUUUCUGAAAGACGCAUAAACCUAACAUAAACCUAAUGCAAAUAAUGCAUCACAAAAAGUUGGUCUUGUGACAUUUUUUGCCAUUUGAUAGAUGAAAUGGCUGGAAAACAGUGGCUGACAAAUCAUCAGAAUUCAGAUUAUUUUUCUUAUUAAAAGCAGCUACAACGUUCUACAACUACAAACUUUCAACUUUAAGAGGAACUUCUACAAUGACAACAUUCCUCAUCAGCCGUGUAAGUGGUUGUUGUAUUUCUCCCCUGUUCCAUCUUUUAGGAUAAUGAGAAGUAUGUGUUUUAUAGAAAUUAGCAGGAGAGUUUCAGAUCAAAGAACCUGAACUGUUCCAUCAUUUUAGUGUGAAAAACAGGCCUGUGUCUGGGCUGAUCAUCCCAUCGUCUUUUUAGCUUGUAACUAACAAAUCAAGGUUAUGACUUGUGCUCAUGGUAAUUGUAAGAAUGAGGAGGCAGGGGUAUGAGAGAUCUAUUAAAAAUUGUAAAGGUGCCAUUCUGGUGGUGAUUGGUGGCAAGCGCUUUAAUUAAAAGAAAAGUUUGCAAUUACAAAUAACUUACAUUCACUGACUGUGCACUUUACCUCACAAGAUAUUCUGCUCAGGCAGAGGAAGAACUGUUUGAGAUGUUUGAGUAUGACAUUGCCACUAACAGAGUGAACUAUUUGCAAAGUAUUUCUUUUGGUAAAUAGUUCCCAGCUGCCACAUAUCCAGUUCUCUCCUACUUUGUUAGUGCUUACUAUUGAUUUGUGGAAGACCAAUUACGGCUGAAUCAACAAACAACAUUCACAACUGUUGACAAACCCUGUCCGACCAUGAUGUGUAAGCUGCCAUAUCCCUGCCUACCUUCCAUGUUGUCAUUGAGUAUGUUUUAUUGUCUUAAGAAACAUUUAUAUUUGUAACAUUUUAAGUUUAUUUGUAUCCUUAAGAACAUGAAAAAAACAAAAUGGUUAUGCACACUGUCCUUCCAUGGCAUAUGAUACUAAAUAAUAACCCCUUUGUUAUAUAA